AUGCAUCAUAAACAUGUGAAGUUACUUUCAAAAACUUUGGGGAUUAAAUUUCUGAGUAGUUCUGAAAAGUACCUUGACACUCCUUUAUUUGUUAAAAGGGAUAAAACUAAGUCUUUCCAGUUUCUUAUUGAUAAGUUCUAUACUAGAUUGAGUAAUUAUAAGAGAACUAAUCUUAAUGGUGCUGGUAGAACAGUUGUUACUAAGCAUGUUCUUUCUAGCUUAGAUGUUUAUCAUAUGUCGUGUUUUCCAUUCCAUAAAAAAAUUACUUCAAAAAUUGAUUCGAUUCAGAGAACCUUUUGGUGGUCGAAGAAAAACCCAAGGCGAGCUACUUAUUUUUGUUCUUGGAAUGAUAUUGAUAAAGCUGCUGAUAGUUCUUCUUGGAUCUGGAAAGGUAUAGUUAAAGGUUUGGUUUUCUUAAAAGCUAAUAUUGUGAGUAAGAUUAAUGAUGGUACUUCUACGAAAAUCUGGUCUUCAAAUUGGUUACCUUUUAGUAAUUCACCACCGGUUUGGAUUAGUCCUAAUUUUAAUGAUUACACUUUUGUUAGUGAGCUUAUAGAUGUUCAGAAUAACAAUUGGAAUAUUGGGCUUUUAAUCUCUUUGUUUUCUCCUGAUGAUGUUAUAAAGAUCAGGUCUCUAAGAAUUAAUAUUAAUGAAAAAGAUAGCAUUAUGUGGGAUCAUACAAAAAGUAGUGCUUUUACUAUUAAGACAACUUACAACAUUUAUAUGAAUGAGUCUAGUUCAGUUGAAGUAACUUCUUUUUGGAAAAAAGUUUGGUCUUUAGAUUGUCUUCCAAAGAUUAAAUUCUUUAUGUGGAAAGUUUUUGCACAGAUGUUACCAGUAAAUUUUAUCCUUAUGAUUUAUAAUCCUGUUGUUGAUGACUGCUGCCCAUUAUGUAGAAAUGAUGUUGAAUCUAUUAUACACUUGUUCUUUUUUUGCCCUAUUGCUGCAACAUUUGGUUGUUACUGA